GCGGCGUGGGUUGGGAUGCGUCGGGGCGAGCGGAGGCCCGGGGUCCCCCCGGGGCGGGGCUCCCCGGAGGAGCAGCCCAACGGGGCCGCCGCGCCCCGGGACCCCGCCGCCGCCUCCGGCCCGCACGGGGGACGCAGGACCACCGAGUCCGAGGUCUACGACGACGGCACCAACACCUUCUUCUGGCGGGCCCACACCCUGACGGUCCUCUUCAUCCUGACGUGCACCUUGGGCUACGUGACGCUGUUGGAAGAGACGCCCCGGAACACCGCCUACAACACCAAAAGGGGGAUCGUGGCCAGCAUUUUGGUUUUCUUGUGCUUCGGAGUCACCCAGGCGAAAGACGGGCCGUUCUCCCGACCUCACCCAGCCUACUGGAGGUUUUGGCUCUGUGUCAGUGUUGUCUACGAGCUCUUCCUCAUCUUCAUCCUCUUCCAGACGGUGCACGACGGCCGGCAGUUCCUGAAGUACAUCGACCCCAAGCUGGGGGUCCCCUUGCCCGAGAGAGACUACGGGGGCAACUGCCUCGUCUACGACCCGGGCAACGAGACCGACCCGUUCCACAACGUCUGGGAUAAACUGGAUGGAUUCGUUCCUGCUCAUUUUCUUGGCUGGUACCUGAAGACCCUGAUGAUCCGCGACUGGUGGAUGUGCAUGAUUAUCAGCGUGAUGUUUGAGUUUCUGGAGUACAGCCUGGAACACCAGCUCCCCAACUUCAGCGAGUGCUGGUGGGAUCACUGGAUCAUGGACGUGCUGAUCUGUAACGGGCUGGGCAUCUACUGCGGCAUGAAGACGGUCGGCUGGCUCGCCCUCAAGACCUACAAGUGGCAGGGGCUCUGGAACAUCCCUACCUACAAGGGCAAGAUGAAGAGGAUCGCCUUCCAGUUCACCCCCUACAGCUGGGUCAAGUUCGAGUGGAGGCCGGCCUCCAACCUGCGGCGGUGGCUGGCCGUCUGCGGCAUCAUCUUCGUGUUUCUGCUGGCAGAGCUGAACACGUUUUACCUGAAGUUCGUGCUGUGGAUGCCCCCGGAACACUACCUGGUCCUGCUGCGGCUGGUGUUCUUCGUCAACGUGGGCGGCGUGGCCAUGAGGGAGAUCUACGACUUCAUGGACGACCCGAAGCUCCACAAGAAGUUCGGGCAGCAGGCGUGGAUGGUGGCGGCCAUCACGGCCACGGAGUUCCUCAUCGUGGUCAAGUACGACCCCUACACGCUGACGCUGUCGCUCCCCUUCUACGUGGCCCAGUCGUGGGUCCUCGGGGCCGUCCUCAUCCUCACCUGGACCGUGUGGCGAUUCUUCAUCCGGGACAUCACGCUGCGCUACAAGGAGAUCCGCAGGCAGAAGCGGGAGACCCGCGGCCACAAGGACGACCGGGACGGGGCCCUGACCGACGGAGACGGCGGCGGCGGGGGGACUCUGGGGCCCGAGGGCGACGGCGGGGGAGCCGCCCCCGCCGGAAGGAGAGCCUCCGACCUGCCGCCGGAUGCCAAGGGCUAAUCCCGGCAACUGCCGGCCGCCCCCUCGCCCCCCGACUCCCCUCGGGCGGGCCCCCCCCGCCCCGCCGUCUCCCUCCGUCCUCUCCUCCUCCCCCUCCUCCUCCUCCUCCUCCUCCCGAGCCCGUCGGCCGGCGCCCCGCCGCGCCGUGAAUGCCGGAGGAGGGAGCCCGGAGCCUCCGCGCCCCGGGAGGCGGCGGGGAACCCCGUGCCCGCCCUCCGCCGGGCGGCCCGGACCCGUGGCCCGGUCCCCUGGCCGGCCCCAAACACUAAUGCCGUGUGUGUGAGUGUGAGUGCUCGUGCGUGUGCCUGACUGCGUGCGUCUAACCGACGGGUUUUGUACCUCUUCAGCGGGGGUGUCGAGCCGCGGAGUAGCGACCUAGAUCUCCCCCCCCGCCCGUCGACUGACGGGCCCCCUCCCCGCGCCCCCCCCCCCACCCUCCCCCGGGAGGGCCGGGGCGGCCCCUCGGUGCCCGCUGGUGCCCGUGACCCAAGUGCCCUUCAAGCUGCACCUGGCGAAGAGGCGCGACCCACACCCGGGAACAGGUUGCCCCCUUUUUUUCUUUUUUUUAAACCAGGAGAACAAACAGCCCCAUGGAAGCAGUUGGUCCGUGGACCCCCGCCCACCCCCGGGCGGCGGCGGUUGCGGGCCGGGGGGGGGGCCGGCGGGUGCCUCGGCGUCGCCGUGCCCGCAGCCCAAAAGAGGCCAGGGAGCGGGGCGGGGUCGGUCGCGGGGCGGAGCCCAGGUGGACCCCCGCGGGGACGUCACCUCCGCCGCUUGGGACCGGGAGCCGGCGGGCGCCGGGCUCUGCCGCGGGGCCUCCAGCUGGCGGGCCCGCGCUCACCCCAUGGCCGCCUCCCUCGCCCGGCUCGCCCCGCCCCACCCGCUCCAUUUUUCAGUUGGGUGCAGUUUGCGCAUCCCGCCCCGCCCUCCCAACCUGGACCGCUCUCACACCCGGACGGGCGGAGGGCCCUCGAGCGGAGGGCCCCCGUCUCCCCCCCGCCGGGUCUCUGCGGUGGCGGGGGCCCCUGGGGGAGUCGGGGGGGCAGGCGCUAAGCCUUUGCCAAGCACAGCGGGUGGAAGGAGAGAGGUCGGGGUGGGAGCGGGCCAGGCCGGGGGGAUGACUCAACUCACCCUUACUGCUGCUGCCCCUGGCCCCCGCCCCCACUCAGCGGGACGGCCAAAAUCGAUCGGGACUCUGAUUGUUUCGAAGAACCUCCGCCCCCCGGGGAAGUGGCCUAAUCUGAGCCGGGAAACCCUCUUUUCCAAAGCCCUCUCCUUUGGAGCGUUUAUUUAAACUCACUUAUUUAUACGCAUUUUCUAGACCAGCCCGGGGGGACCCCCGUCGCCCCCCGCCCCCCCCCAACACACACACACUCGCACACCCAGAGUCCGCCCCCAGCGCGGCGGGGAGGGGGGAGGCGUCGCCCGCCGAGCCGUGGGGGGAGGUCCCACGGAGCGAGGCGCCCCGUGAGCCCCCGACCGGCGUCCCUCGCGUCCGACGUGCAGCUGUUGGGACGUUCUCGCCUUGGAGGUGACGGAACGAAUAAAGAGGAUGGACCGGUU